AACAUUGCUCAAAACAUCGAUUGCGGGCCACGCGAGAUCGAUAUUUUGGAACCAGGAUUAGACUUGUUCCCGGUAAAUAGUUCACUAUUGCAGCAGCUUAACGAAGGCUUCAGCAGACGCGGGACAUUUCAUCAUGGCAGCCACUAAGAGAACACAGCAUGAAUUGCAACACAAAUCGAAAAUAGCUCUCCAAAAAGCAACAGAUCCAGUGGAAAAACUGCGACUGGCUUGCUUGACGAGGGGAGCAGGAGGAAUAAAAGGCCUGGCGAGAACCUUCAAAAUCAUGGAUGACGAUGAAAGCAGAAGUCUUGACAGGAAAGAGUUUGCAAAGGGAAUUCAUGACUACGGCAUCACUGAAAUUGAAAAAGAAACCAUUGAUGAGCUCUUUUCCAUCUUUGAUAAGGACGGCAGUGGCUCUAUUGAUUUUGAUGAGUUCUUGGUAAAGUUGCGGCCUGCAAUGAGCCAAAACAGGAAAAAUCUCAUCUACCAAGCGUUCAAAAAGCUGGAUAAAACCGGAGAUGGUGUAGUCACAAUUGAAGAUCUGAAGGGAGUGUAUUCAGCGUCGAAGCAUCCAAAGUACUUGAGCGGUGAAUGGACGGAGGACCAAGUCUUGAGACAGUUUUUAGACUCCUUCGACAGUCAGGACAAGGAUGGAAAGAUCACCAAGGAGGAGUUCAUCAACUACUACGUCGGUGUCAGCGCCUCAGUGGACAAUGACGCUUACUUCGACCUCAUGAUGAGAAACGCUUGGAGAAUUUGAUAGAAUCUGUGGCUAGUGUGUGUAAAUAUAACGCAAAAGUGUUGACUGAAUUCUUUACAACCUGAAACUGAAAGAUAAUAAAAACAACCAGUUUGGAAGCAACAGAAAAUACAACUAGAGACUUUAUCUUCUGCUAACACAAAAUAUUAAUCCAUUCUAUACGCAUGUAUGUGCAUGUGUAAAGCAGAAGAAUUGAUUUGGAUUAGCGCUUUCAGGUCACAAAGUUAACUUGCUGCACAUUUAAAUUGAAGAUUUUUUUAAUGAAGUGUGACAGCUUGCCCAUGUUCUCUUCACAGCCAAACUAUAACUUAUAACUAUCACUAAACCCUCCUUUGCCUAUAAAUCAAACUGGGAAGUCUCAAAAUCAAUUCUUGUACAUGAGUGAAAGUUUGAUGCGGGUUCCUACUCUAAAAGUUAAAAGCUGUGACUGGAAUGGCUUAAACUUGAAUUAAAUAACCUUUAGUCAAGUUUUUUUAACACAGAAAAUUAAAAUAUUACACAAUUCUUAUUUUUAUAAAUAAAUGUUUUGAAAAAAAUGUGGUUAAUCUAACGGUGCUUUGUAGAGCAAUGGUUGAUCAUGUAUGGUGUACAUGUAUUUAUUCAUUUUUACAUUUUUUUCUCAUUUUGUUAUUAUUUAAAUUUAAACUUGUUUCAUAUUAUUGAUUUAAAAAAAAAUGUAUCCUUUGUGCAGGAAGGGAGCCAUUAUCAGUUAUAUAGAACAUAAUAUGUACAAAUAUACAGUAUGUAGCCAUGGUCUGUUACAUCCCGUCAUCCUGGUCAUUCAAAGGUCACCACCACACCAUGAUGGACAAACUACAAUAUAUUAUUAAAUAAUGUGUAGCAAGGGGAACCUGAAUCUUGUUGAAAAAGUUUCUAUUUUGCUCAAACAUUUGUGUACGUGCCUGAAACAGGGUCGACAUGACGUGCAGUUUUAAACUUUUUUAGUUUGUUGCAUUUCUACAUAGAAUUGCCUUUAAUACUCUAUUUUAAAAACAUUUCCAGAUGUCACAAAUACUUUUUAAGAUGUGGCCGGUUUUGUGUGUGAGUGUUGCACCGACUACGUUUAUGAAAAACCUUAACGUUAAAGUUUCAUUUCGCCAUGUUAUGUAAUAAACAUGUGCUUUGAAAAGCCUUCAAAAACAUAGGCCUACUUAUUAGAAAAAUUGGCAUACACAAUAUUUAGUGAGGAUGGAAUAAAUGGUUGAUCAGGUGAUACCCUGACAAACCUAUAUUUUGACUAAAAAAACAUUUUUCACUCUAUUCCCCAUUUUCUCAAAUUAAGCCCAUACAGCUACCAGACCCUUUUCUCAGUCACAUACACACAUACAUUUGUAAUGUAAAUUAACAUUCCAUGAGAAAGAAUUCUCCCAUUAUUCAAUAUCAACAAGCUCUCUUACAGUCUUGGCUACUACUACCCCCAACUUAGGCGACAGAGGGACAUUUAGUGCAGGGAAGUUAAUUUCCAUAUUUUACUUAUAAAGUUAAAGAGCCAUAAAGUCUGAUCAAUGAACAUAGCCAUUUUGUGACUGGGAAGGAAAUGAGGAAGAGCAAAUGAACAGGAAAUCAAUUAACUUCAACUUUCAUACUUGAUGCUAGUUAUGUCUGAAAAAUAAAAUCUAUAGCUAGCUGCAUCAUAAAGUUUCCAAAGCAAGGCUCCAUUGAUUUGUUGCUGUGGUUGAAUUCCUGACUUGGUGAGUUAGGGGGGCUAACAGCUUGUUGCAACAGCUGGUUCCUUGAUUGAGAGGGAGGGAGAAAACUUUACAGCAACCUACCCCCCCCAAAAAAAAAAGUUAUUUCAGACUGCAAAAAUUUGUAAAAAUGUCAGAGAACAAAUGUGUACAAUAAAUGCACAUAAGCACCUCCCCCAAACAAAAGACAACUUUAUAAUAAAUUAUAAACAUGGAAAAACACAUAAGGCAACAGCAGUCGAGGAAAAUGGAGAUUUUGCAAAUAAGAUAUGGAAAAGUGCUGACAACAAUUUAAUCGUCGCUGCUGAAAAAAAAGUGAGUAGGCUACUGUAACUCCACUUUUUUCGUUAUCCAACAUCACGAGGUGAGGCGAAAAAAACUUUUGGAGUUUGAGCUACUCAUUUUUUUUUUUCAGAAGCAACUUGAUGUGGUCUCAAGUUGGAAAAAAAGCAAAAACAACCCACUCAACAAUUUUAUCUUUGCAUUUCAAAAACAUUUUAUUUCAUGGUGUGAGCACAGACUCCAAAAGUCACUUUGGCUAUCAAUUCAUAAAUGAUGAACAUGGAGGAGGAGGAUUUGGUAUAACAGUAUGGUACGACUCGUGAGUAUACCCGAGAAGUAGGUAUGACAGUAUGACUCAAGCGUAUAUCUGGAGUGUAGGGAAGGUACACGUCUCAUAACUACUGUGGGUUAUGUCAAGAGUUUUCCCUAAACUUUUGGUAAUGAACAUUUUCUCUGAGUGUCACAGAUAUAUUUACUUUCACACAAUGUCCUGAAUGAAAGUUAGAAACAAGACUAAGACAUUCUUUUCACAAUACAUUUUGAAAACUACAACAAAACUUGAGAUAUUACUGUCACAAUACCUUGUAUGUCAUCGUCACUGGCGUUCUUCAAGAUUCUGUGAUUCCAAAUAUUUUAUAAUAAAACAAAACGUUUUUUGUAGAUA